AUGGAACCCAACCGGCCCGUGGCGGGAUUUCGGAAUUAUAUUCCGCCCAAGGAUGCUCCAAGAAGCAAGGAGCUUGCGGCAUCCGACACCUAUCAGUGGGCCAAGCUGCGCUGUUCCGAACCCUUCAUGGUCGGUUGGAUGAAGGCAUGGGAGGAGCUCUAUCACCAACCCUACAAGGGAAUUACCGUUGAUGGUCAUGUAAUUCCCAAUAUCUAUCGUCUGGCAGAUACGGAAGAGGAUCUUGGGGCCCCAGUGGUCCAGAUGACCGCUGCAGCGCAGCAUGCCAUCGAGGUUGCGUCGGCAGAGGAACGAAAGGCCCUCCUGGAGCCUGUCGAUGCGCCGGAAUGGCGGAGUUGGAUCAACCCCGAGAUUUACGCCUUCAGGCACGGUGUUCGGCUCGAAGAGGCAUCCAAAGACUUGGUUGCUGCGCUGCAUGCUCUAACGCGAGCAAGCCUGUCACCGGCUGGAUACGAAAAGGCUCAUGGCUGCAUGAAGGUCAAUCAGUUUCUGGGCGAGGUCGUCGAUGGUACAAAGGUCCUCAAUGAGAACUCCUACAACUUUGUCAUCUUUGGUACGCCCUUGGUCAACGAGCCAUGGGGUUGGCAACUCUUCGGUCAUCAUCUCUGCAUGAACUGCUUCGUGGUUGGAGAGCAGAUGGUGAUAUCACCCGUUUUCAUGGGAGCAGAGCCAAAUGUCAUCGACGCAGGGCCCAACAAGGGUGUUGAGCUAUUCAUCGAUCAGGAGCAGACCGCACUACAUCUCAUGCAGUCGCUGGAUCCGGCUAUUCAAAAGGUUGCGCAGAUCUACACGAAACUAAACGGCUCCGAGUUUCCGACCUGGCGGCAUCAUAGGGCCGACCAAAGACACUUGGGCGGCGCCUUUCAGGACAACCGAGUGGUUCCAUAUGAAGGCGUGAAGGUGACGACACUCUCAGAGGCCCAGCAGAGCGUAAUUGGCAAGAUAGUCGCCAUGAGCCUCAACUACCUACCGGAAAAGGCAUUGGCGGCCCGGAUGCAGGAAAUUUCUGUCCACUGGGAUGAGACAUGGUUCUGCUGGAUUGGAGGAUUUGAAGAUGGGGACGCUUUUUACUUUAAGGUACACUCCCCUGUCGUCAUGGUCGAAUUUGAUCAUCACUCGGGCGUCUUCCUGAACAACAAAGAGCCUUUGCCAUUCCACAUUCACACCCUGGUCAGGACUCCCAACGGCAACGAUUAUGGAAAGAAGCUGCUAGAACAGUACCGGCAGCGCAAGGGCAACAUGCCCUCUUAG